AGAGCAGCUUCCUACGAGCAGCAAAGCCCCAAGCACACCAAGCAACCAGACCCACGGACUGGGGAGGGAUAGGCUGAACCUGGACUCCCUGCAGGGGCACCUAGAAGGGGCGGCCAACUCCAGGUGUGAGGCCACUGAGUGUGGGGAGAGGGGGCCCGCUGAGAAAGGGAAGAGGCAGAGCUGCUGCACAAGUGCAGGGAGCGGGAAGCUACACCGGCCACCGGCUGCCGCUUCCCGCCGCCUCCAGCAUCGGCAGCAGCAGGAACAGCAGGGGGAGGAGCAACAGCUGCCAAAUUCGCCAACUGGAAGAGGGGGAGGCGGAGCUUGAGUCCCAGUAGAAGCUGAAGCACAGCCUGGACUGUAGUUUCCCGGGAGAGACCAGAGCAGGAACAAGAGCUGAGUGGAGUGCAGUCUUCUGAGCAUCAGCUCCCGCAUCCCGCCAGGGGUUGAAGGUGUGUGGGAGGCUUGAACCUAUUCCAGUAUGGCUUUCCUUGGACUAUUCUCUUUGCUGGUUCUAUAUAGUAUGGUGGUAGGGGCCACUUUCUCUGAAGAUACCAUUGCUGAGUUGUCAGUGAAUAUGUAUAACCAUCUUCGAGUCACUGGGGAAGAUGAAAAUAUUCUCUUCUCUCCAUUGAGUAUUGCUCUUGCCAUGGGAAUGAUGGAACUUGGCGCUCAGGGGUCCACUCUAAAGGAAAUCCGCCAUUCAAUGGGAUAUGACAACCUGAAAAAUGGAGAUGAACUUUCUUUUUUAAAGGAUUUUUCAAACAUGGUAGCUGCUGAAGAGAGCCAAUAUGUGAUGAAAAUUGCCAAUUCCCUCUUUGUGCAAAAUGGAUUUCAUAUCAAUGAUGAGUUUUUGCAAAUGUUGAAAAAAUACUUUAAUGCAGAAGUAAAUCAUGUGGAUUUCAGUCAAAAUGUAGCUGUGGCCAAUCACAUCAAUAAGUGGGUGGAAAAUAACACAAAUAAUCUGCUAAAAGAUUUGGUGUCCCCAAGGGAUUUUGAUGCUGCCACUCAUCUGGCCCUCAUCAAUGCUGUCUAUUUCAAGGGGAACUGGAAGUCACAGUUUAGACCUGAAAAUACUAGAACCUUUUCCUUCACUAAAGAUGAUGAAAGUGAAGUACAGAUUCCAAUGAUGUAUCAACAAGGAGAAUUUUAUUAUGGGGAAUUUAGUGAUGGAUCCAAUGAAGCUGGUGGUAUCUACCAAGUCCUAGAAAUACCAUAUGAGGGAGAUGAGAUAAGCAUGAUGCUGGUACUGUCCAGACAGGAAGUUCCACUGGCCACUCUGGAGCCAUUGGUCAAAGCACAGCUGAUUGAAGAAUGGGCCAACUCUGUGAAGAAGCAAAAAGUGGAAGUAUACCUGCCCAGGUUCACAGUUGAACAGGAAAUUGACUUAAAAGACAUUUUGAAGGGUCUUGGAAUAACUGAAAUUUUCAUCAAAGAUGCAAAUUUGACAGCCCUGUCUGAUAACAAAGAGCUAUUCCUUUCCAAGGCAAUUCACAAGUCUUUCAUAGAGGUUAAUGAAGAAGGCUCAGAAGCUGCCGCUGCCUCAGGAAUGAUUGCAAUUAGUAGGAUGGCGGUGCUGUAUCCUCAAGUUAUUGUGGACCAUCCAUUUUUAUUUCUUAUCAGGAACAGGAGAAAUGGUACAAUCUUAUUCAUGGGACGAGUCAUGCAUCCUGAAACAAUGAACCCAAGUGCACACGAUUUUGAGGAACUUUAAAUGACUUCAUUUGAGUAACAAGGAAAACUGCAACAAAGCACAUUAUGUUUGCAACUUAUCUAUAUUUAGGAUUUGUGUUUUACAGUGUAUCUUAAGAUAAUGUUAAAAAUAGCUCCAGAUAGAAACAGUAUAUGUGAAUUACAGGUCAACCUGUCAAGGAUAUUAUUAGUAUUAAGGUAGUGGUCCUGUUAUGUCAUUGUGUUUGCUAUGCUGUUGUUUAAAAUAAAAGUACAUAUUGAACAUGUAAACAGCUGUUUUUCAUUUUAAAAGUAGCAGUAGUAGUAUACAUAUACCUGUCAGUUAAAUUUGGAAAUAAUGAUAUUUCAGUAGAAAUUGUAGUAUACAGAUACCAAUAUGAGAAUUUGGAAAUAGUUAUGUUUUGGGGCUUCUUAAGUCUUUCAUAAUCAUGCAGAAUCAAAGCACCAAGGUAAAUUAGCAUUGCAGUAUAGAGGGCAGGACAAGGAAAUGCAAGCUGAAUAUCUGUAAGGCUCCAUAACAAAACCUGUUAGAAAAACAUAGGACUAUGCAAACCCUAUAGACAUUACUGGUUUGUGUAUUUACAAUGGUAUGAUGCUUUUUAUCAUUAUUUUAGAGUGUACCCCUUCCAUUUAUUAAAAAUAAAAAGGUUUACUGUAAAACAAUAUGUCAUAUGAUGCCAGCAGUAAUCUCAUACAUUUUGUGCUUACCCAAUCUCUUAACUGCAUCAAGAGGCUACAUCAAGUGAUUGACUGCACCAUCUAGAUUUGUGUAAGUACACUUUCUGAUGUUCACACAAAGAUGAAGUACCUCAGGGCUCAGUUCUCAGAACAUACCCCUGAUGUUAAGUGACAUGACUACACUAGUGAUUUAGAUAUGGUUAACUUAUAGAAAAUUAACUCAGUCCGUGAAGUAUAUUAAAUCAGCACUUCUCAAACAUCAGUGUGUAAUGUAGUCAACUGGGGAUCUUCCUACAAAUGCAGAUUCUCAUUCAGUUAUUGUGGGGUGGGGACUGAUUGCAUACUUCUAACAGAUUCCCAAGUGAAGACUUUACUGUUUUUCACUUCCAUAACAAAACUCUACUUAACAUAAGGUUUCCAUAUUUAAUAUUUUCAUACAUGGAAACAGAAAGAUUACAAUUUCAUAGAGCUUAGAAGUAUUCAGGGAGGGGUGGAGUGGUAAUCUGCAUUAAUAAUGUAAUACGUUUGUCCAAGGAAAGGAAAAAUGGUUUUUACUCUAAAGUGUCUUUUCUAUUACAUGCUAUGAACAAAAGCAAAAUUCCUCUGCAUAUUAGAACACUUGAAAUAUGUUCUUUAAAAAUAUGGAGACAUUUAUAGGUAAUACCCAUGAAAGAAUUUAUGAAUACCCAAGGAUAUAACACUUAACACUGAAUCUUUUACAGCUUAUAUUUUGAGAGGACUUAUAGUAUAUUCAUAAAUCUUCAGUUACUGUAGAAUAGUUGCUCUUGUUUUCAUUUAUAAUUUAUACAGCCUGGCCUUACUGAUGUUGAUUCAGUAUUGGAAUUCUGAGUUUGUAAUAUUCUUCACUACCAUAUUGCUACUUGUUAAUCAUUGUGUACCUUACUGUAUCUGUUCAUCAGUCAACUAAAUGCAUUACCUAUAAAGGAAGAAUAAACAUCAUUAGACACUGUGUAUUUCAUAAAGCCCAAAUGCGGUUUUUUGUUAGCUGGUAUAAGAUUAAGUUCUCCAAUUCAGAAUGUUUGUUUUUAAAUAUUUUAAUACAAUUUAGGUGUCAUUUAAAUGAAAAUAGAUUCUCCCUUGUUUUGAGCUUGCUUAUGGAAUGCAAUAAUAUCUGACAGUACAACGUUUUCCUUUGUCUAUUUUUUUUUAAAUAAUUUGAACAUUGUCCUUUCCCUGGAAAAAGUAGCACUGUAUAGUUCCAUUUCCUUUAAAAGAAAUAAAUUACUACAUAAACAUACACACAGAACAUGCACCAAAGCUUUUUGGUCUUUGAACCAAUUUUUUGGAGGAAAUCAACAAUAAUUAUGUUUUUUACUUUUAUUUAAAACCCUGAUUUUACUUUUUUUUUAAAUCUAUGCAAUAGUGUGGACUGAAUAAUUAUAUAGAGUGUAAUCUAUAAAUCUUUAUACCACCACCAUAAACAAAUAAUGGUUAGCGUCACUUUUAUAGAAAUAUUUAUUUAAGCAUAAGAAAAACAAAGUUGCUUCAUAAAAAUAAAGAAAAUAUGGUAAAGAACAUAUUUCACUCUCAUUAAAUAUGUAUAUUUUACAUAAUUCACUGAUUUACUAUAUAAUCAACUUCUUAAAUGUGUAAUGAUAUCUAUUUUUGUUAAUUGAGUAACUUUUUUCUUUUUUUUUAAGAUAGAAUAGCCUGGGGUAUUUUGCUUAUUGGCCAAACGUAAUUUGAAAUGUAUCUUGGUGAAAUGUGGGUCUUUAUUGUAAUCUUGAGAAAAUAAGAUGGAUGACUAUUUGAAAUACAGAAGAUAGUUGAUGAAAAAUCUGUAACUUUGCCAUCCACACUCUCACAGCCUCCCUACAUCACUGUCCAUUAUGGGGGGGGGAUCUGUUUAAAGACAGGGCACAUGGUUCUUCAGUUGAAUGACUUCAUUUUAAGACCACUGAAAGCAUGGAAUCAAUAAAAAAUAUUCCAACAAGG